GCCACACCGACACAGACCCCCUCUCUGCACGCCAGCCCGCCCGCACCCACCAUGGCCACAGUUGAGCAGCUGGAAGGAAGAUGGCGCCUGGUGGACAGCAAAGGCUUUGAUGAAUACAUGAAGGAGCUAGGAGUGGGAAUAGCUUUGCGAAAAAUGGGCGCAAUGGCCAAGCCAGAUUGUAUCAUCACUUGUGAUGACAAAAACCUCACCAUAAAAACUGAGAGCACUUUGAAAACAACACAGUUUUCUUGUACCCUGGGAGAGAAGUUUGAAGAAACCACAGCUGAUGGCAGAAAAACUCAGACUGUCUGCAACUUUACAGAUGGUGCAUUGGUUCAGCAUCAGGAGUGGGAUGGGAAGGAAAGCACAAUAACAAGAAAAUUGAAAGAUGGGAAAUUAGUGGUGGAGUGUGUCAUGAACAAUGUCGCCUGUACUCGGGUCUAUGAAAAAGUAGAAUAAAAAUUCCAUCAUCACUUUGGACAGGAGUUAACUAAGAGAAUGACCAAGCUCAGUUCAAUGAGCAAAUCUCCAUACUGUUUCUUUCUUUUUUUUUUUUUUCAUUACUGUGUUCAAUUAUCUUUAUCACAAACAUUUUACAUGCAGCUAUUUCAAAGUGUGUUGGAUUAAUUAGGAUCAUCCCUUUGGUUAAUAAAUAAAUG